UCUGUGUUGCAAAACAUUGGCUCAAAGAAGGAAGCCACAAAACUUGACAGGUUUCUGCUCAGCCACAUGUGAACAUGAGCGUCCCAGACUACAUGCAGUGUGCCGAGGACCACCAGACAGUCCUGGUGGUGGUCCAGCCGGUCGGCAUUGUACCUGAGGACCAGUUCUUCAAGAUCUACAAACGCAUCGCCAGCGUGAGCCAGGUGAGCAUCAGGGACUCCCAGCGCCUCCUCUACAUUCGCUACCGCCACCAUUACCUGCCUGAGAACAAUGAGUGGGGAGACUUCCAGACACACCGGAAGGUGGUGGGCCUCAUCGCCAUCACCACCUGCACCUCGGCGAAGGAGUGGCCUCAGACUGCCGAGCGCUUCCACGGCCAGAAGGAGGUGUACAGCUCCACCCUGUACGAUUCGCGGCUGCUAGUGUUCGGGCUGCAGGGAGAAGUCGCAGAGCAGCAGCGGACAGAUGUGGCCUUCUACCCCAGCUUUGAAGACUGCCCUGAUGUGGAGAAGAGAGUGGACGACUUUGUGGAGUCCAUAUUUAUUGUCCUGGAGUCUAAGCGGCUUGACCGGGCCACAGACAAGUCAGGUGACAAGAUCCCACUGCUCUGUGUUCCCUUCGAGAAGAAGGAUUUUGUGGGUUUGGACACGGACAGCAGGCAUUAUAAAAAGCGUUGCCAGGGCAGGAUGAGGAAGCAUGUAGGGGACUUGUGUCUCCAGGCAGGCAUGCUGCAGGAUGCCCUGGUCCACUACCACAUGGCUGUGGAGCUGCUCAGGGGGGUUAAUGACUUCCUCUGGCUAGGUGCUGCGUUGGAGGGUUUGUGUUCAGCCUCUGUCAUAUUCCAUUACCCUGGAGGCACAGCGGGAAAGACUGCGGGACGCAAGCCAAGCAUCUCUCAGCCAGCAGACGCAGGGAAACGCCACAGACCAGGGGCUCAGGAGGUUCUCAUUGACCCAGGUGCUCUCACAGCCAAUGGCAUCAGUGCGGACACCAGCACUGAGAUUGGACGAGCAAAGAACUGCCUGAGUCAGGAGGACAUUAUCGAGAAAUACAAAGAGGCCAUCUCCUACUAUGGAAAGUAUAAGAACGCAGGCGUGAUCGAGCUGGAGGCCUGCGUGAAAGCGGUCAGGGUGCUGGCCAUUCAGAAGAGGGCCAGGGAGGCUUCAGAUUUCCUACAGAACGCUGUCUACAUCAACCUGGGACAGCUAUCAGAGGAGGAGAAGAUCCAGCGCUACAGCAUCCUGUCCGAGCUCUACGAACUCAUCGGCUUCCAUCGCAAGUCUGCGUUUUUCAAGCGUGUCGCAGCCAUGCAGUGCGUGGCACCCACCAUCCCGGAGCCCGGCUGGAGGGCCUGCUACAAGCUGCUGCUGGAGACGCUGCCCGGAUACAGCCUGUCACUCGAUCCUAAGGACUUCAGCAAAGGUACCCACCGCGGCUGGGCUGCUGUUCAGAUGCGCCUCCUACACGAGCUGGUGUACGCCUCCCGUCGAAUGGGCAACCCCGGCCUGUCUGUGCGCCACCUGUCCUUCCUGCUGCAGACCAUGCUGGACUUCCUGUCUGAUCAAGAGAAGAAAGAGGUGACUCAGAGUCUGGAGAACUACACCUCCAAGUGUCCGGGUGGAAUGGAGGUCAUCACCCUGCCUGAUGGCUUGAAGCUCCCUCCGGUGCCCUUUACAAAGCUCCCCAUCGUCCGAUCGGUGAAGCUCCUCAAUCUGCCCGUCAGUCUGCGUCCUCACAAAGUGAAAGGCCUGCUGGGACAGAAUAUGUCCACUGCCAGCCCCUUCAUCUACUCACCAAUCAUCAUGCACAACAGAGGAGAGGAGCGCUGUAAGAAGAUCGACUUCCAGUGGGUUCAGGGGGAUGUCUGUGAAGUGCAGCUCAUGGUCUACAACCCCAUGCCUUACGAACUUCGUGUGGAGAACAUGGGUUUGCUGACAUCUGGAGUGGAGUUUGAAUCUCUGCCCGCUGCGCUGUCCCUGCCUGCAGAGUCUGGCCUGUACCCCGUCACUCUGGUUGGCGUCCCACGUACAGCUGGCAACAUCACUGUCAAUGGUUACCACACGUCAGUGUUUGGUGUGACCAGUGAUUGCCUGUUGGAGGGCCUUCCCAGUGUGAAGACUAGUGGCUGUUUGGUGGAGGUCAUCCCCUCUCUUCCUCGUCUGCAGCUCAGCACAUCACUCCCACGGUCAGCCCACACGCCUCUCCCGACGUCCAAAGAGGAACUGUCCAGCACUGUGUCCGUCCAGCUCUUUAAUGGAGAGACCCAGCAGCUGACCAUCACCUUGGAGAACAUUGGAUCUGAGGACAUUGAGACUCUAGAGCUCACUUCUAAGAUAAUCAGCACCAAAGAGAAGGUGUUUGGGGAGUUUCUGAGCUGGGAGCUGGAGGAUGCUUUGUCUCACCUGCCGCUAAAGCCUGGUCAGGCUGUGACUCUGACUGUCAACAUCAAAGUCAAGCUGGACUUCUCUGGUCAGGAGAACCUACUGCAGGACCUCAAUGAUGAUGGGAUCAGUGUGACGGGCCUGCCCAUCUCCAGUCCGCUGCGCCAAGUCCUCAAACCCAGGGCCGAGACCAAGACUGUUGGCAGUGAGUCUGGCAAGGCAGAGUACUGCCACAUUAAGACUUUGGAAGCAGUGCUGAACUUCAAGUACUCUGGGGGAGCAGGCAAAGUGGAAGGCUACUACAGGGAACUGUCUUUGGGUGUCCAUGUGGACGUGGAGCCGUCUGUGUUCUUCACCAGAGUCAACACCCUCCCUGCAACCAGCACCCGCCAGUGUCAUCUGCUGCUUGACAUCUUCAAUCCAACUGAGCAUGAGCUCACUGUCAUCGCCAAGAACAACCAGGACCUGGUUCUCCAUGCCAGCGAGUGCCAGAGGAUGGCCAUCCAGGUUGACAAGUUUGACUUUGAGAGUCUGCCACAGCCGGACCAGGAGACAGCUCGCUUCACAAACCCCAAACAGCUGGAGGAGGAGCGACAGCAUGCCCAGGGCUGCCAGAUCAACAGCAAGCUGGGCAUCUGUUGGAGCAUCCCGUCCCUGCGGCGCCGUGGAGAGGCCAGCGUGGAAGGAGUCCUCAACCAGCUGGUCCUGGAGCACCUACAGCUUGCUCCUUUGCAGUGGGAUGUGUUGGUGAAUGGGAAGCCGUGUGACUGUGAUGUCAUUGCCGACUGUAAAGCGGGUGAUGCGGUGACCCUGGAGGUAAAACUGACCAAUCUGAGCAAGAACUCAGUGGGCCCCCUGGCUCUGACUGUGGUGCCCUAUCAGGACUACCAGAACGGCGUCCAGAACUACGAUCUGGAGGACGCUGUCACCUUCAUCGGCUCCAACACCUUCUACAUUGACAAGGUGAAACCCAAAGAAAACUCUGUCUGUGUGGGUGCCCUGCUCUUCCUCUACACUGGAGAUUUCUACCUUAACAUCAAGUUCCAGGAUGACAGUGCCGGACGAGAGCUUCCUUUAGCCUGGUUCACUUUGCCCAGCGUCCACAUCAGAGCUCUGGACACUCCGCUACAGGCCGGGGCCUGAGGGCUGAGUGGCCAUAAAAAGAGCGCAGAGAGUUUUGAUGAUGAUGUCCUCUAUAAAGACAAUAUCCUUAUGAGCUGAAUCACAUGUAAAUAACAUUUUGUUAAAGGUUUCAGCAUGCGCACAGUUGAGCGCAAUGGCUCAAACUCACACGGACACACUCCUUGACACGGUCAGUGAAUGUUGCUAUGUAGCUGAUGAUACAGGUAACAUCUGUACAAUUUGGCAGCUGUCUGGGGUGAAUAAAAACAGGCCGCUUUCUUUUCUUUCUUAACGCAUCCGGACCUAAUUAACGCUUAUUUCUGUGGAAUCACUGCAACUCACCUGUGGAAACAAAGUAAAUUUGCCUUACUCUUUGGCCUUGAGUUGUGACACAUGAAUUCACACCUUGGACCAAAAUUAAGGCAGACAGUCCAAAAUGGAGAUAAUUUAUCCCUACUCAUGAUAAAGCCAUCACUGUGAUAACACAGAGGGGGUCAGCGGUAUAUUAAGUGGACUCGCGUGACUAAGAAGAGGUCUGUGGUUAGUUUAGGCGACAAAACAACUUGGUUGAGGUUCGGAAAAGUUUGCGGUUGUCACAUUAGUCACUUGACUAAUGACUGAAGUGAUAAAAGAACUCCAUGUUGACUCUUAGUUUCACACAGGACACAAACCCCUGUCUUUUGGGUAAGUCCUGUGCUUGUUGGACCCAUCCACCUCAAGCAUACUUUCCCAUGCUUUAUACUAAAUCUGUUGCUCUGAACUUCUAAAUCUUAUGCAGAUAGGUCUGCAUUGGAGUUUGAAAGCCUGAAGCGUCUCUUACAAAAGCUAAAGGGUGACCCCAGCACUAUUAUAGUAAAGAAGGGAACACUGCCCAAACAGCAUAUUUGGACAGCCUUUAAUUCAAAACAAGCUUGAAGUGAGCUGUACUGUUAGCUGAGUUGCACUGUCCAAUUUUGUAUUUUGCUGAAGUUUAAACUUUUCCACAAAAUAGAAGCUGUAUGGUUUGUAUUGUCAAUCAUGGAACAGGAAUUGAUGCUACAUUUGUUUUUUUAUGAAUUAAUUAUGUAAACAUCUUUCUUUUCAGUGUGUGCUUUGCUAGCUAGCUAGCUUGCACACUAACUGAUAGUCAGCUGACUGCUAGCUAACUGGGCAAGUCGCAAUCAAUUACAGCUAGGUCAUGAAAUGCAAAUAGUCAUUUUGCUACCAAGUUUCUGGCAACAACUGAAUAUGUCCACUUUUCAGUGCAGCAGAGCACUAAUAUCAUCAUCAUCACACUUUUCCCUAUCCAUCACAGUUUAAUUUGUUAAUCACAGUGCCAUUUAUUGAGUAUAGUUUUUAACUGGUAUUGCGACUGGCAAAAUAACUUUCAAAAGAGAAGGAAAAAAAAUUAUUCUGCAAACCAACACUGGAAAAUGUGGUUAACCCGAAUCUAUAGCCAGUUAUGUACACAUAAAAAAUAUUUAUUUCUACUGCUGUAUGCACAUUUUCUCUUUCUCUCUUUGUGCCAGCUGACACUGAAUUACUGAUGAAUCUGACUGUCUUAGAUUAGCCUAUCAUUACGUUUGACUUCAAUUGUUGUAAAUAAAUGUCAAAAGAAUUGA